AGCUUUAAAGAAAGGAAAUUAAAUUCAGCAUUACCCAUUUUACACAAUAAAAAAAAGUAAAAAUAAAAAAAGUGAAAUGGAAGAGUAGAAUGAAUGAAUGAUAUCAACAGAAGCAGGAGUGUGUUCUUUUGUCAUUGUCACAUUAUACUUCGCCUGCUUCCUUUGCUCCCCCCACACACAGCAUCACUACCACUUCUCUCUAAUGGAUACUACCUCACAACCAUUCAAGUUUCAGACAUGGUUCUUGAAAGUUUCUAUCCACUGUGAAGGUUGCAAGAGGAAAGUAAAGAAAGUUCUACAAAGCAUUGAUGGUGUUUUUACUACAACAAUCGAUCCACAACAGCAGAAAGUAACGGUAACUGGAAAUGUUGGUGUUGAGAUUCUGAUAAAGAAACUUGCCAAAGCUGGAAAAUAUGCUGAAGUUUUGCCGGAGAAUCUCUCCGGCAAAGAAAAGGACUCAAACAAAGGUAAGAAGAAUAAGAAAAGUGAACAAAGGGAUCAAGAAACUGUGAAAAAGCAAAACCACUCUUCUGCAAAAAACAGAGGAAUUGAAAAUGCUGAAAAAUGCAAAGGUGAAAACAAGAGUAGCAACAACACAAAAAAAGGUGAUGGGUCGCCGGAGAAGUCUCCGGCAGGUGGUAAGUUACCGGAAACGGGAAAUGUAGGUGGUGGAGGGGAUUCUGGUAAGAAGAAAAAGAUGAAGAAAGCUGAGAGUGGUGGUGGAAGUGGAACUGUAACCGGAAGUAAUGGGUUGAGUUUAGGAUGUACCGGUGCACCUGCACACAGUGGAUCAGAAUAUCAGUAUCCUGGUCAGGUUGUGGGGCAAGUGAAUCUGAGCCCUACACGUCAGCAAUCGUACAUGUAUCCAGAGACAUGUUAUCCUCCUUUGGUACAAUAUGCUACUUACAACAGAUUAUGUCCCAUGGGAACAAUGGGUGGUCCUUCUUACUAUGUUCCACCAUUACCCUACAUGUGUGCAGGCUUUGAUCGUGACCCUUAUCAGUUUCAAUCAACACCGUUGAUUCCUUUUGAGAUCUUUAGUGAUGAAAAUGCUAAUGGGUGUUUUGUUAUGUGAUGUUGCACUUUUUUUAACUGCUUAAAUUUUGUUUCUUUUAUUAUUAUGGUAAUUGAGGGAAGUUUAGUUCAUAGCAUAUGUUUUGUUUUAUGUCUUUCGUUUUGUAGAACACUAAAAAAUCAACACAGCUUUAGCUUAUUUUGAUUUUGGACCAAACUGUAAAUGAUGUUCUGAUAGGGAGGGAGUCUUUAGUGUGUGUUUCAAAA